ACUCUCGUCAACAACCACAGUUUACGAAAAUUUAUCAGCUAUGGCUCCAGGAGGUAAAUCCGCAGGAAAGGCAAUGAAAAAGUCGUCCGGCAAGGCCCAAAAAAACAUCGCCAAAUCCGACAAGAAACGCAAGCCAAAGAGGAAAGAAUCCUAUGCCAUCUACAUCUACAAAGUGCUGAAGCAAGUACAUCCCGACACCGGAGUAUCGUCUAAGGCCAUGAGCAUAAUGAACAGCUUCGUCAACGAUCUGUUCGAACGCAUCGCCGCCGAAUCCAGUCGUCUGGCCCAUUACAACAAGCGCUCGACCAUCACCAGUCGGGAAAUCCAAACUGCCGUCCGGUUACUAUUACCUGGUGAAUUGGCUAAGCACGCUGUUAGUGAAGGAACAAAGGCUGUUACCAAAUACACUAGCUCCAAAUAAGUUACAAUUAUAUUACUUGUAAUUCCGACGAUUAAAACGGCCCUUUUCAGG